CGAACAUGGACUCGAAACGGCUGCUCCUGCUCUGCAUUAUACAGGGAUUACUGUGCUCAGUGGGUUACUCCGCCAACUUGGAUUACUAUACCGCCGGCGUGGUGGAAUUCCGCCAGUCGAUUUUGGGCCUGGAUGCCUGGUCGGAGAACCUGGAGGCCUAUGUGGAGAUCAUACACUCGGCGAAUGCCAGCGCCACCGACAUCAUUGUCUUUCCGGAGAGCACGCUGAAUGCCUUGGGCUCCACCACCUUUGUGCCCAGUCCCGAGGAUGGCAUCAACCCCUGCCUGAAUGGCACUCACUACGAGGAGUUCCUGGUCACCCUGUCGUGUGCAGCCCGCAAUUCAAGCAAAUAUAUUGUGAUUAAUCUCACCGAGAAGCAAAAGUGCGAGGAUACACCAGAUGAUCCCAGACCCUGCGCCUCCAAUGGCCUGAAUAUCUUCAAUACCAAUGUGGUCUUUGAUCGCCAGGGUGUGGUGGUUUCACGGUACAGGAAAGUGCAUUUGUAUGCCGAGUCCAAGAACCUCACCUAUCGCCCAGAGCUGGUCACCUUUGAGACGGACUUUGGGGUCACCUUUGGCCAGUUUAUAUGUUUUGACAUUUUGUUUUAUACGCCCGCCCAUCAGCUCAUCGUGGAGCAGGGCAUCACGGACUUUGUCUAUCCCACCAUGUGGUUCUCCCAGCUGCCUUUUCUCACAGAAAUACUGAUCCUCUUCCCUUUUCCAGCUGUUCAAAUCCAACAGGGCUGGGCCUAUGCCCAGAAUGUGAAUCUCCUGGCCGCCGGCGCCAGUCGUCCUUCGGUGGGCAGCACUGGCACGGGCAUCUUCCACGGUCGCCAGGGCACCCUGACCAGUGUGAUGAAGCACGACAAUGGUGAGCGAGCCAUUUAUGUGGCUCAGGUGCCCAAGAUCACUCGUCGUGGCAGAAGAUCCUUGCAGGAAUCUCGCCAAACGGCAGCCAGCACGAAUUUCUACAUGAUGCGCGAUGCCUUGGAGAUCUAUCAGACGCAGUUGCUCCAGCUGGAUGUGGGUACUAAUGGCAGCAGCAGUGGCCAGAUCUGUCAGGGCAGCUUCUGCUGCAACUACGAAGUGGCUUGGCGGGAACGAGAGAGUCCUGUGAAUGCCAAGUUCUACAGCUACCGAGUGGGUGUCUAUGAUGGAGUGCGUCAGGAUCAAAAUGUGGAUGCGAAUUAUAUCAGAAACUGUGGACUCUUUGCCUGUUUGGGCCCGGCCAUAGAGGAGUGUGGUUUGCUGCCGGAGGAGGGAGUGUACCCACAGUCUCCAGUGAUUUUCACACAGCUUGUUAUUAAGGUCACCUAUCCAGAGUCUAGGGAGUUUUUACUCAUACCAGACACCCUGAGGGACAACCUAAUGCCACUGGAGCCCAGCCAGUUUGAGUGGUUGCAGGAGCAGUCUAGCAAGGAAAGCUACCAUCAUGAAGUCAGCUUUUCUCUGGCGGAAACCCAGGAGCUGGACAACCUGCUGACCUUUGCUGUUUAUGGUAAUUACUAUGACAAUCAGUGCACUUUUGGCGUGGGCACUGAGCAGGAGCAGCUGGCCUGCGGCUACAAAGGAGGCUCUAGUUCCUUAAGGAGUCUGGGUCUUUGGCUAACAUUAAUGCCACUGAUCCUGCUAGGUCUUAGGUCAAGAUGAGGGA